AUCCCUUUUGACGCAGGGCAGGCGUUUGUCAAACGCCACAGGAUAUGUAGAAAAACAAGAAAGGAAAUAAAGUGAGGCGUAUAAAGUAAAGAGAGGAAAAACAUAAAACACAGUUCGUCACUGUACAGUGCACUAGUAGUCACAGUCUUUGAGGCCGUCUGGUUGGUCCGGUUCACUGUUCACCAGUCGUCUCGGACAUCACCAAAGUCAGCACAAUCCGAUCCACUAGCCAUGCCGGGAUCUGGUGGGCGCGUCCCCCGCGUCCCAUCCAACCGUGUUGCCGCUUCGUCGGUCGCGAUCAGCUGGAGACGGCAGAGGGUCGCGCAUUUGGCGUGGCCUGCAUCGGUAACCAGCCGCAGCCAGGGUUCACUGUUGCUGUGAUGAGGUGGCUGUGGGACGUGUUCAGCCGCCACGUGCAGCCCAAGCUGGCGCGACACCCGUGCGGCGACGAAGGCCGCAAGCCGGGAAUCGUCUGUCGCGACGAGAUCUGCACGCCGCUCUACCGGGAGGAGCCAGCCGCCCCGGUGCCAGCCGACACCACGGACCCCUCGAGUCCAGGCUCCUCUGGAACGCUUAACUCAAAAACAGAAGCGUCGAAUGAAGAGGCGGCCUCGAAGGCCUCGCCGUCGGUUCGCACCCGUAACCAGAGCGUCGCCAGCCUGCUCAACAUCCUCGGCGACACGUCCAUCGCCAACAUCAUGCAGGGCUCGUCUCGGACGGACGGAGCGCGUCACGAGGAGGACCGCUACGACGCGUGGGAGCGUGGGGAGGUGGACUACCUAGGCGCCGACGCCUUUGCUAACAUCCAGCGCAGGCUGGACGAAGCCAUCAAGGGACCGCCGGGCAGUGAAAAGCACGAGGUGGACGAGAUGGACAAGCGUGGAUCGAUCUCGGAGUCCACCUUCCUUGACGUCCUCACCGACACCUAAGCACGACUUUGGAGCUGCGCGUCUAGCUGCCCCCCGCACACAAGAAAACACCCUGUCUGAAAACUGGGAGCUGGCCAGCAGUAAACGCCAC